UUUGCACUGAGAGCAGAGCUAACCCAGAGCUGCAGAGCUGAUCUAAAGGACGUUAUUGUUUGUGGAAAAGCUCCCAGGAACUUCACUACAGCCUGGACCUGUUCUUUAGACCUGCCUGCUGCAAACCAGCUUGUGCUUACGUUUGUAGUGUUUUGAUGCACCCUCCAUCAUCGUGUUCCUGUCAGUGGAUUUGCAGUGAGGCUCAAACUCCAGCAUGGAACUUACGCACGUUCACUGUAAGUUUGCUCUAGGUUGUAUGGUUGCACCCUGGAAAUGGGAUGUCAGUCCCAUUCAGGGAGCAUAAAGGAAGAAAGAAAAUCUCCCCGUUGCUGCCACAGUGACAGCGAGUGAGAGCCCGAGCAGGAAGAUGUCGACAGUCACGUCAGCGAUCCAGGCUCCUCAGGGCCCUGUGAAUCCACCACCUCCAGAGGUGACUAAUCCAAAUAAACCUGGCAGGAAGACCAACCAACUGCAAUAUAUGCAAAAUGUUGUGGUGAAGACCUUGUGGAAGCAUCAGUUUGCUUGGCCUUUCUACCAGCCUGUUGAUGCAAUUAAACUGAAUUUGCCGGAUUAUCACAAAAUAAUAAAAAACCCCAUGGACAUGGGGACAAUCAAGAAGCGCCUGGAACACAACUAUUACUGGAGUGCCAGUGAAUGUAUGCAGGAUUUCAACACCAUGUUUACAAACUGUUACAUUUAUAACAAGCCCACAGAUGACAUUGUCCUCAUGGCCCAAGCCCUGGAGAAGAUAUUUCUGCAGAAGGUUGCCCAGAUGCCUCAGGAGGAGGUGGAAUUGCUACCCCCAGUUCCUAAAGGCAAAGGUCGCAAGCCCUCAGCAGGCACACAGAGCACAGGAGCUCAGCAAGCCGUGGCCGUGUCUUCCGUGUCCCCGCCGGCCCCGUUCCAGAACGUCCCUCCAGCCGUGUCUCAGACGCCCGUCAUCGCUGCCACCCCCGUGCCAACCAUCACCGCCAAUGUCCCUCCUGUCGCCGCCCCAGCCGCCGCCGCCCCGCCGCCUCCCGCCGCUCCGAUCAUGCCCGUGGUGCCUCCCACGCCCCCGGUCGUCAAGAAAAAGGGAGUGAAGCGGAAAGCAGACACCACCACCCCCACCACCUCUGCCAUCACUGCCAGCAGGAGCGAGUCCCCCACGCCCCUCUCGGACCCCAAACAGGCCAAAAUCAUCGCACGCAGGGAGAGUGGCGGCCGCCCCAUCAAACCACCAAAGAAAGACCUGGAAGAUGGAGAGGUCCCUCAGCACGCAGGGAAGAAGGGCAAACUCUCAGAGCACCUCAAGUACUGUGACAGCAUCCUCAAGGAGAUGCUCUCCAAGAAGCACGCAGCCUAUGCGUGGCCCUUUUACAAGCCCGUGGAUGCAGAGGCCUUGGAAUUACAUGACUAUCACGAUAUUAUCAAACACCCCAUGGAUCUCAGUACUGUGAAAAAGAAAAUGGACAGUCGGGAAUACCAGGAUGCACAAGGUUUUGCAGCAGAUAUUCGGUUAAUGUUCUCUAAUUGUUACAAGUACAAUCCUCCAGACCACGAGGUGGUGGCCAUGGCCAGGAAGCUUCAGGAUGUCUUUGAGAUGAGGUUUGCAAAAAUGCCUGAUGAGCCUGCAGAGGCCCCCACUCCACCUCCCCCAACAGCCCCAGUGGUGAGCAAAAGCACAGAGAGCAGCCACAGCAGCGAGGAGAGCUCCUCCGACUCUGACAGCUCUGACUCUGAGGAGGAGCGGGCGACUCGGCUGGCCGAGCUCCAGGAGCAGCUGAAAGCCGUCCAUGAGCAGCUGGCUGCGCUGUCCCAAGCACCAGUGAACAAACCAAAGAAAAAAAAAGAGAAGAAGGAGAAAGAGAAGAAAAAGAAAGAUAAAGAGAAGGAAAAAGAAAAGCACAAAGUUAAAGCUGAGGAGGAGAAGAAACCCAAGGUGGCUCAACCACCAAAACAAACGCAACAGAAGAAAGCCCCAGCUAAGAAAGCGAACAGCACAACCACGGCUAACAGGCAGCCCAAGAAAGGAGGCAAACAGGCAUCUGCAACCUAUGACUCGGAUGAGGAGGAGGAAGGGCUGCCCAUGACCUAUGAUGAGAAACGACAGCUCAGCCUGGACAUCAACCGCCUGCCUGGGGAGAAGCUGGGCAGGGUGGUUCACAUCAUCCAGUCCCGGGAACCUUCCCUCAGAGACUCCAAUCCUGAUGAGAUUGAAAUAGAUUUUGAAACCUUGAAGCCCACAACAUUACGAGAACUGGAGAGAUACGUGAAAUCUUGUUUACAGAAAAAACAAAGGAAACCGUUUUCUGCCAGUGGGAAAAAGCAAGCAGCAAAGUCAAAAGAAGAGUUAGCUCAGGAAAAGAAGAAAGAACUAGAAAAACGGUUACAGGAUGUCAGUGGGCAGCUAAACAACAACAAGAAGCCUGCAAAGAAAGAGAAAUCCAGCUCCACUCCCUCCGGAGGCCCCUCCCGGCUCAGCAGCAGCAGCUCCUCCGAGUCCGGGAGCAGCAGCUCCAGCGGCUCCAGCUCGGACAGCAGCGACUCGGAAUGAGCUGGGACACUCGGACACAACCCCCAAACGGACACCCCCUCCUCCCUCCCUGCCCUGCAGUGUCCCCUCCCCUCCUCAACCCUCUGCUCUUGGGCCAUGGUGGUCAGGUUUUAGCCCCUCUCUCUUUUCUCUGACUUUUUUUAUAUUUUAUUUUUUAACUCAGUGUUACAAAAAGGUAUCUUCCAUUUUUUUUUGGGGGGGGGGGAGGGGGCUCUCUUUUAAUAGGUCAAAGAGUGUGUGUGUGUGUGACUAGACUUUAUGACAAAUAGUUCCCUAUGCAUAAAGUCUCUAAAAUUUACAUUUAUCUGGAGAAAAUUGGUCGAAAAUGGAAGAACUUUGAGCUCUUAGCAGGAGAUAAAUAGAAAAUUCUGCAAGGUUUGUAGUACAUUUCCCUCCCAGCCCUUCCCUUUCCCCAGAAUAUUCUCUUUUAAUAAGCCUGCCUGGCUCACACAAGGUAAAAACCAUCUUUUUUUAAAGAAAUCUCUGUAAAAUGGUACUGUAUCUGAAAGAUGUUAGCUUUUGAACUAGUUGGUGUAUUUGUUAUUAGCACUAGUAUUCUUAAUCUCCAAGUCUACAGUGUGAUGAAAAUGUCAGAUGCUAUCAUCUUUUUACAUAAAAACAAAAAAAAAAAGCAAAAAAAUUCUCAUAUACUAUGAAUUGCUAACAUGCUUUUUUUUUAAUCUUGGUAGAGGCAAAGGCACCUGUUCAGGAAGGUCUUGAAGCAUGAAUUUAACUUUAAAGCACACGAGCAAUAGAAGUGGUUGCAUUUCUUGGUUUUCCACUCAAAAGCUUCACUUUUCCUGGGGAUUCUUUGGGAAGAAGGGAGCAAGGGACACACUCAAGUUUCUUGGGAAUGUUAUUUUUACUAUUAAAUAGAUAAUUUCCAGGAAAUGGGCACUCUCUAUGAAAGUUUUCAUGGAAUUGACGAGAGGUUUUUUGGUGUUUUUGGCUGGAAGUUGUCAGCUGGAGCCUGGAGUGAUCCCUGCAGUGACCAGGACAAGUCAUGUGCCCAUUACUGGGCACAUCUUGGGGAUUUUCUCCAAGACAAACACUUCAGUCUGGGCUUAAAAUAAAGCAGCACUUGAGCUCCAGCUGAGGCUGAGCUGGCAGGGGAAGUGGAGAGGGAUUUUGUGUGUGUUUGGGCUUUUUGCUUUUGAGUUUGCUUUGGUUUUCUCCCUUCUCCUCCUCAUCAUUCUCGUAGUGAGCUCCUAGAAAGGGGAUGCUCCUCCUGUGUCAGGCAGGGUUCAACUCCCAGGCACUGCAAUCUUUUACCUCAAUGAAAAGAAGAAUGAGGGGAGGGAGAAGAAAAAAAAAAAAGCAAUUUUUUUUAAAGCUUGCUGUUUUUUUCAGUCCAGCCUAACAUUUUGACCUGCACUGCUGCAAUACACCCUGGAUUUAGUGUCCCUAAUUUCAUGUAUAUACCAUGACUUUAUUUAUUAAGCACCAUUGGUCAUUUAAAAUGUAAUAAAACCUAACAAAAGCAAAGCUGGGGUUCUGGCAGACUUUUAAUGAGGUCUGAACCAGAUGAAAAAAAAAAAAAAACAACAACAAAGCAAAUAAAAAUUCACUAGUUUAUUUAUAUACCUUGGACUUUCUACCUACAGGUGCUACAGUCCAGUCUUGUGUAUCUGGUGCUCUGUCAUGUUUGGUGUGUUCAUUUUUAGAUUUGUUUUUUUCCUCUUCUUUUCACCCCAGACCCCUUUUUUCCUGUUUUGUACAGAUUUUGGAGGCAUACACUUCAAUACACUUUAUUAUCUCAGUGGUCUCUUUUUUUUUCCCCCCCCCUUUUUUUUUUUUUUUUUUUGGUAGAAAAAUGGGGGGUUUUAUCCUUUUCUAAUGCAAUUUUAGAAAACACCAGUUCUAUAAUUACAUCAAAUUUGUAUUCUGAGGGGCAGAAGUUUUGUUGUAAAUUCUUUUGAUUGUAAAGGAAAAAAAAAAUAUACAGAGUUUAACAAAAAGUUCUGUCUUUCCAUCUCCAGCACCAGCCCCUAAAACUGCCUCUCUCUUGUGGGGUAGCCCUAAAAUUCACCUUCCUGUGCUCUCCCAGUGGUGCAAAUUGCUCCAGAUUUUAUUUUUCCCUGCAGGUGAGUGGCCCUGGAGGCUCCUCAAGGCCAGUGCAUGAUUUCCUUUGCAGCCUCAGGAGCUCUGGGGUGGGAGAUGCUGUGCUGGGCUCUGGGAAUCACUGCCUGUUUCAGCAUUCCAUGGUUUGCACUUCCAGCUGCAUCCACGCUCAGUGCCAGUCACCCACUGCCCAUCAGGCAAGGGUGAUUUGCUGGACACUUGAGCAUCUGCCUCUCAAAAUCUGCUGGAGACCAGAGAUUCUUUCCCACAGCAUUUGGAAGAAAAAAAAAAUCUGAUUUUUACUGAAAUUCAUGGUUUUUCUGUUUUAUUAACAAUGGAGUUCAGUUCUGAUUUUUUUCCCUUACAAAACCUUCCCCCAGACAUAUCCCUGGAAAUAUAUUUCCAGAAUUUACUAUGAGGAAAUGUAAUAUUUACCUAAUUAAGAGCUUGGAUUUCUUUUUAAUGGGGUUGCAUUUCACCUGUGUUUCUCCUGUUGCCUGUCACUUGAAUGAUCAAAACCAAGGAAUAUUUUGAGGAAUAAUUGCAACCAAUUCACUGCCAUGGCAUUUGGAUAAACAAACUCCCAGUUUUCCCUUCCUGGGACCUUUUCCUGUGUGCUUGACCCUGAGCUGUGGUGGUGGCUUCCGUGGGGAGGACAAACUGGAGGUGACAGCAUCACUGCCACAAAAAAAACCUGGGAAUUUCAGCUCCAUCACCAUCCUCUGACAUCAGGAACAGCCCCUGGAACAUGCAGACAUCCCUCAAGGCACCUCGGGGCUGUCCCACCAAAAUGAGUUGGGAAAUUUGGAGCCAGAGGGUUGAGAACCACGUGUGAAGUGAUGGCUGGCUCAGCACUGGAGGAGGAUCCCUGUUUGAGCUGGAGAAGAAUCCCAGCCUGGGCAUUCUCAAGGAAAACAACCUGCCAAGGCCACCACACAAUGAGAAGAACCUUCUGCACAUCUUUGAUCCACCAGCUGCAACUUGGGCUUCCACUUACUGGGAAACUUUGCAUGGAAAACAAGGUGUUCCCAACAAAAUGGAGCAAGGAGAAAUCCAUUUUGGCAUGACUGAGGGAAGAAUUUGGUGACUCCUCACUUCCAAAUGUUGUCCUUAUAUUUUUCCAUUCCCAGCUUAUUUAUAGUGCUUGUUAUCCCCACCAUGUCCAUGGGGGUGCCUCUUGUACAUCCUGAGUUUCUCCAGGAAAGAAAAGAUGUUUCCAGUCCAGAGUAAGUAGCAGCAGUCCUAAAUGAGUUGGGAACUGAACCAACAGAGCAUUUAUUUAACUGGGUUUUAUUGCAUGACACGUCAGUCCAGAUGUCACAAAAUAACUUGGAAACAAUCAAACACACAACGUUUGAAAGAACAUUUUUAAACUUAAGAAUAAAAAAAAAAAAAAAAAAAAAAAUUAAAAUUUUUAUGGUAGAAUUUUUCUUGAAUGAACAAAGUUUAACUUUGUUUUCCAGGGGAAACUUCACUGAAAUCAGUAUGAUUUCAUAUGUAUGCAUACACACAGAGUUUUAUUGAAACUGCUUUUUUCGGAUGAAUUCCUGUUUUGACAAAAUAUCUGACCAGACCUUUCUCAAUCAACCAGCAUUACUGCACCUUUUAAAAACUUUGUGAACCUUUUCUCUGAUUGUAAACUCAGCCUGUCUCGUGGCUCAGUGGGACCAGAGGGAGAUCCCCAUCCCAGCGACCGAAGGAAUCUCUCAGCUCUCUGCACACCAAAUGUGUCGUCUACACAACAAAAUCAUUUCAAUUUUUGUACUGAUGUGGUUUGAACCUUGCCUGCCCCCAGGGUCUGUAAGUGUAGGAGUGAUGGUUCAGGGCUGUGUCACUGCUGGGAGGGUGGUGACCCCAAAACACACACAAAAUGUCAUUUCUGUGUGUGGAAAUGCACAGCUGAGUUCCCCCUGAGCUCUUCCCUGUUCUCUAUGUGGUGGAAACAGACUGCAGUUACCUAACCCAGUUCUUUCUCUGCUUUGGGGACUUGUAGACCAGUUUUUAAUUUUGGCUUUUUUUCCUUGUUUUGAAAGGAAUGAUUUCAUUUUUUUAAAGCUCGGGUUGGAGCUGAGGGGAAGGGAUUGGGGCAUGACAAAGACAAACCACAAUCUUUUUAGUACUGGAUUUUAAAUUCUCAGUCUCUUCUAAACCAUGAGCAGUUACCACUAGGGCUAACUGUGGGCAGGCUCUGCAUCAGUAAAGAGAAAUUUAGGAUUCCUUACACAGCAGCAUUAUCUUGCUUGAGCUGCAUUUUGUAAAGAAAAUGGUAUUUGCAUAUCUUUUUAAAAUGUCAUUUUUAAAAAAAUAAAUUAAACCACCAGCUAGGAUUUGACAGAGGACACUUAGAACACUGCCCUGAUACUGGCAUAACCAAUCCAGAAAGAUCUGUUGUUGUAUUUUUUGUUUUGUUAUUUUGGGUUUUUUUUAAUAUUUAAAAAGAAAAAAAAAAAAAGAAAUUGUUACUUUUCUGUAUGAUGUGCAUGCAAAUUUACCGUAACUCUUUUUCUUAAAACUUUUUAGUGCCAUUUCUAGUAUAUUCCCGUAAAUGUCAGUUAUUGAAGAGAAAUGAGUCAAUGUAAGUAGUUUAGCUUGUUUAUUGCAAAUUGCUGGCCUCAAAUGAAAUAGAAUUUAAAAAAAAAAAAUACUUAGAAAGUAAUCUUUGAUGUUACUGGUAAUCACAGACCCUGGUGCUGGGGCAUUCAUUUUGUUUUCAUAAUAAAAAGAAAAAUUGUUUGGUG